CGCCGGAGCCUUCCGCGGCCGCCGCCUCCCCGACGGAGGACGGGCGCCGGCCCGGUUCGCAGCGCCGCGGCUCUCCCGCGAAGUGAUUACUUCCUUAGGAUAGAUUGCCAGAAGUGGAGUUACUGGGUCAGAGGAAUGUGAAAUCCUUUGCAUCUUCUGAUAGUCUAGCCAAGGUCCAAGAAGUAGCAAGCUGGCUUUUGGAAAUGAAUCAGGAACUGCUCUCUGUGGGCAGCAAACGACGACGAACUGGAGGCUCUCUGAGAGGUAACCCUUCCUCAAGCCAGGCAGAUGAGGAACAGAUGAAUCGUGUGGUAGAGGAGGAACAGCAGCAGCAGCAACAGCAGCAACAGCUCAGACAACAAGAGGAGGAGCACACUGCAAGGAAUGGUGAAGUCGUCGGAGCAGAACCUAGACCUGGAGACCAAAAUGAUUCCCAGCAAGGACAUUUGGAAGAAAACAAUAAUCGAUUCAUUUCGGUAGAUGAGGACUCCUCAGGAAACCAAGAAGAGCAAGAAGAAGAUGAAGAACAUGCUGGUGAACAAGAUGAGGAGGAUGAAGAAGAAGAGGAAAUGGACCAGGAGAGUGAUGAUUUUGAUCAAUCUGAUGACAGUAGCAGGGAAGAUGACCAUACACAUAGUAACAGUGUCACAAACUCCACUAGUAUCGUGGACCUGCCUAUUCACCAACUCUCCUCCCCAUUCUAUACAAAGACAACAAAAAUGAAAAGAAAAUUGGACCAUGGUUCUGAGGUCCGCUCUUUUUCUUUGGGAAAGAAACCAUGCAAAGUCUCAGAAUACACAAGUACCACUGGGCUUGUACCAUGUUCAGCAACACCAACAACUUUUGGAGACCUGAGAGCAGCCAAUGGCCAAGGGCAGCAACGACGCCGAAUUACAUCUGUCCAACCACCUACAGGCCUCCAGGAAUGGCUGAAAAUGUUUCAGAGCUGGAGUGGACCAGAGAAAUUGCUUGCUUUAGAUGAGCUUAUUGAUAGUUGUGAACCAACCCAAGUAAAACAUAUGAUGCAAGUGAUAGAACCCCAGUUUCAACGAGACUUCAUUUCCUUGCUCCCUAAAGAGCUGGCACUUUAUGUGCUUUCAUUCCUGGAACCCAAAGACCUGCUACAAGCGGCUCAGACGUGUCGCUACUGGAGAAUUUUGGCUGAAGACAACCUUCUCUGGAGAGAGAAAUGCAAAGAAGAGGGUAUUGAUGAACCAUUGCACAUCAAGAGAAGAAAAGUAAUAAAACCAGGUUUCAUACACAGUCCAUGGAAAAGUGCAUACAUCAGACAGCAUAGAAUUGAUACUAACUGGAGGCGAGGAGAACUCAAAUCUCCUAAGGUUCUGAAAGGACAUGAUGAUCAUGUGAUCACAUGCUUACAGUUUUGUGGUAACCGAAUAGUUAGUGGUUCUGAUGACAACACUUUAAAAGUUUGGUCAGCAGUCACAGGCAAAUGUCUGAGAACAUUAGUGGGACACACAGGUGGAGUAUGGUCAUCACAGAUGAGAGACAAUAUCAUCAUUAGUGGAUCUACAGAUCGGACUCUAAAAGUGUGGAAUGCAGAGACUGGGGAAUGUAUACAUACCUUAUAUGGGCAUACUUCCACUGUCCGCUGUAUGCAUCUCCAUGAAAAAAGAGUUGUUAGCGGUUCUCGAGAUGCCACUCUUAGGGUUUGGGAUAUUGAGACAGGCCAGUGUUUACAUGUUUUGAUGGGUCAUGUAGCAGCAGUCCGCUGUGUUCAGUAUGAUGGCAGGAGGGUUGUUAGUGGAGCAUAUGAUUUUAUGGUGAAGGUGUGGGAUCCGGAGACCGAGACCUGUCUACACACGUUGCAGGGGCAUACUAAUAGAGUCUAUUCAUUACAGUUUGAUGGCAUCCAUGUGGUGAGUGGAUCUCUUGAUACAUCAAUCCGAGUGUGGGAUGUGGAGACAGGGAAUUGCAUUCACACGUUAACAGGACACCAGUCGUUAACAAGUGGAAUGGAACUCAAAGACAAUAUUCUUGUCUCUGGGAAUGCAGAUUCUACAGUUAAAAUCUGGGAUAUCAAAACAGGACAGUGUUUACAAACAUUGCAAGGUCCUAACAAGCAUCAGAGUGCUGUGACCUGUUUACAGUUCAACAAGAACUUUGUAAUUACCAGCUCAGAUGAUGGAACUGUAAAACUAUGGGACUUGAAAACGGGUGAAUUUAUUCGAAACCUAGUCACAUUGGAGAGUGGGGGGAGUGGGGGAGUCGUGUGGCGGAUCAGAGCCUCAAACACAAAGCUGGUGUGUGCAGUUGGGAGUCGGAAUGGGACUGAGGAAACCAAGCUGCUGGUGCUGGACUUUGAUGUGGACAUGAAGUGAAGAGCAGAAAAGACAAAUUUGUCCAAAUGUGUAGACGAUAUACUCCCUGCCCUUCCCCCUGAAAAACAAAAAAAUAAAAAACAAACAAAAAAAAAAACAGAAGAAAAAAAGCAAAAAAACUCCAAAAAAACUCACAAAACACAAAAAGAAAAAAAAAGAAAGAAAAAAGAAAAGAAAAAGACAAAAAAAAAAUCCCUUGUUCUCAGUGGUGCAGGAUGUUGGCUUGGGGCAACAAAGUGAAAAGAUCUACAGAAGAAGAAGGAAAAGAGGAAGACAAGACAAACCGUAACUGACACGAGAGGCGUCUGCUGUCUCAUCACAUAAAAGGCUUCACUUUUGACUGAGGGCAGCUUUGCAAAAUGAGACUUUCUAAAUCAAACCAGGUGCAAUUAUUUCUUUAUUUUCUUCUCCAGUGGUCACUGGGCAGCGUUAACGCUGAAGCUUCGUUACAGAUUCUGCUAGCCUGUCCUUUUACCACUGAGACCUAGGAAGGGGCUGCAAUAACACCCAACCAAGGACUGGCUGACUUUCUCGUUAGAGAGCAUCUGCAACAAAAAGUCAUUUUUCUGGAGUGGAAAAGCUAAAAAAAAAAAAAAAUUACUGUGAAUUGUUUUUGUACAGUUAUCAUGAAAAGCUUUUUUUUUUUUUUUUUUUUUUUUUUUUUUUUGCCAACCAUUGCCAAUGUCAAUCAAUCACAGUAUUAGCCUCUGUUAAUCUAUUUCCUGUCGCUUCCACAUACACUCUUCAAUGCAUAUGUUGCUCAAAGGUGGCAAGUUGUCCUGGGUUCUGUGAGUCCUGAGAUGGAUUUAAUUCUUGAUGCUGGUGCUAGAAGUAGGUCUUCAAAUAUGGGAUUGUUGUCCCACCCCUGUACUGUACUCCCAGUGGCCAAACUUAUUUAUGCUGCUAAAUGAAAGAAAGAAAAAAAAGCAAAUUAUUUUUUUUUAUUUUUUUUCUGCUGUGACGUUUUAGUCCCAGACUGAAUUCCAAAUUUGCUCUAGUUUGGUUACAGAAAAAAGACUUUUUGCCACUGAAACUUGAACCAUCUGUGCCUCUAAGAGGCUGAGAAUGGGAGAGUUUCAGAUAAUAAAGAGUGAAGUUUGCCUGCAAGUAAAGAAUUGAGAGUGUGUGCAAAGCUUAUUUUCUUUUAUCUGGGCAAAAAUUAAAACACAUUCCUUGGAACAGAGCUAUUGCCGCCUGUUCUGUGGAGAAACUUUUCUUUUUGAGGGCUGUGGUGAAUGGAUGAACGUACAUAAUAAAACUGACAAAAUAUUUUAAAAAUAUAUAAAACAAAUAAAGUUGCUGGUCAGUCUUAGUGUUUUACAGUAUUUGGGAAAACAACUGUUACAGUUUUAUUGCUCUGAGAAACUGACAAAGCAGAAACUAUUCAGUUUUUGUAGUAAAGGCGUCACAUGCAAACAAAUGAAAUGAAUGAAAAAGUCAAAUGGUUUGCCUCAUUCUCCAAGAGCCACAACUCAAGCUGAACUGUGAAAGUGGUUUAACACUGUAUCCUAGGUGAUCUUUUUUUCCUCCUCCUGUUUAUUUUUUUUUGUUUUAUUUAUAGUCUGAUUUAAAACAAUCAGAUUCAAGUUGGUUAAUUUUAGUUAUGUAACAACCUGACAUGAUGGAGGAAAACAACCUUUAAAGGGAUUGUGUCUAUGGUUUGAUUCACUUAGAAAUUUUAUUUUCUUAUAACUUAAGUGCAAUAAAAUGUGUUUUUUCAUGUUA